AUGACCGAGUGGGAGCCAGCGGCACCGGCCGUGGCAGAAACCCCGGAUAUCAAGCUCUUUGGCAAGUGGAGCACGGACGACGUUCAGAUCAAUGACAUCUCCCUGCAGGACUACAUCGCCGUCAAGGAGAAGUACGCCAAGUACCUGACCCACAGCGCGGGCUGCUGCUAUGCCGCCAAGCGCUUCCACAAGGCCCAGUGCCCCAUCGUGGAGCGCCUCACCAACUCCAUGAUGAUGCACGCGCGCAACAACGGCAAUAAGCUCAUGACCUUGCGCAUAGUCAAGCACGCCUUGGAGAUCGUCCAUCUGCUCACGGGAGAGAACCCACGGCAGGUUCUCGUGAACGCCAUCAGAAGCAGCGGUCCUCGUGAGGAUUCCACCAGGAUCUGGCAGGCAGGGACCGUGAGGAGCCAGGCAGUGGACGUGUCCCCCCUGCAGCGGGUCAACCAGGCCAUCUGGCUCCUGUGCACCGGUGACCAUCUCCGAAUGUCUGGCUGA